AGAAAUAAGGGUAAAUCCCCAUAAUUCCGUCAUGCUUGUGGCUCAGUGUUUGCUGUAAGCACUCCCCUGGCAUCAGGCCAUUUUCCCUAUGGUCUCUCAGCUGGCUGUGUGAUUUUGUAGGGUGCUGAAGAUGGCAGGCAGCUCCAGUCCCUGGAUUGGCAGUGCUUACCUGUUCCUCCAGUCGACGAGCAAGACCGUCGUCCUGCCGUCCCUCUACGAGAGCUCCCAGGAGAAGCCCGGUGUGUUCAGGGCACUGAAGCUGGCAUUAGCAGACUCCACGGGCAGCAUGAAUGGUGUGGACAUGCUGAAGGUGCACUGCAGCCACCCCCAGCUGAUAGUGCAGCUCAAGUUCUGCCGGCAGGAGAACUGCCGCCGCUUCCUGCGCAGUUACCGCGACGGAGCGCUCCAGAAGGCCCUCCAGAAUCACCUCCAGCUCUCCUUGGCCAUGACCACAGUGCCUCUGGAAAUGGAGCUGAAGACUGGCAGUGAGCACCUUGACAACAUGCUGAAGGAUGAGGAUCGUUGCCUGGAGUGCAUCUACAGAGAAAAGCCUGACCGCCUGCGCGAUGAGGAGCUCACGGAGCUGGAGGAACACCUCAAGGGCCUGACUGUCCACCAGAGCACCACCAACAACGUGGCUAUAAAAGACUGUGCACCUCUCAAGUCCCCAUCUCUGCCUUAUUCUUCUCCAGGCAGCUCCCUUCCCCCACCAGGCACCUUCAUCUUUCAGGGACAGCAGUUUGACAACAGAACAAUCACCCUGGAUGACCACCAGAAAUUUGCCAAGCUCGUGUCCAAGAAGUGGAAGCAGGUGGGUCGCUCUUUGCAGAAGAGCUGCCGGGCCCUGCGUGAUCCUGUCAUUGACAACCUGGCCCUGGAGUACGAGCGGGAGGGACUCUAUGAACAGGCCUAUCAGCUGCUCCUCAAGUUCAUCCAGUCAGAGGGCAAGAAGGCCACAAUAGCACGGCUGAUCACAGCCCUGGAAGAAAACGGUCUCAUCAGCUUGGCUGAGGAGCUCCUGGGCCUCCACUCCAACGAGGACUGCUCCUAGAGCCCGAAGGGCAGUGCCACUGCUAAGGGCUUUCCUGCUUUAGCUACUGUGUGAAACUGCUGCCAGUUUCUGGGAAUGUGAAGCCCUGAAAAUCACCACAGGUUUCCAUCUAGGUUGGAAUGUCCAGGGGAGAGGCUCUGUGCUCACAGAAGCCAGCAUGGACCUCUUACCUUCCCUAUUUCGUUGUGUUUCCAGAAGUCAGCACUAUCUUCCUGUGAACUGGUGAGAGAGGCUUCCAGCCUGACUUCCUUCAGGACUGAGGGAAGGGAAGGUAGCUUCCUUCAGGACUGUCACAGGGAAGCAGCCAGACAGAGAGCCCUAGGGGAGAGUGGGGGAGAGGAGAAAAGCGAGCAAGGAAUCUCAGAGAAUUUUUCUGGGAAGCAGACAAUGCCACUGCUUCUCAGGCUGUGUCUCAGGGCCAUCACCUGGGGAGCUGCAAUAUAUUUUUUAUAUUGAAGACAUUUAUGCCCUCAGGCAUGACAUCAAGGAAAGACAGAGGGGAAAUUAAGGAAAAGUCUAUUUUAUAUUAUUUUCCUUUUCUGUUUGAAAAAUAUCUGUGGCAAGUGCAUCUGUCCUGCCCUGCUCUGUUAUAGCUCCUUCCCACACUCACCACCUGAAGGUUUCCCUUCCAGCUGGAACAGCCAUAAUCUUCCACAGGGCACAAGACUGCUGCUGUGGAACAAAUUCCAGGCACUGAACAAGCAGUGUGGACAAACUCAAAUUCAUACAACGAUUCUCAGCUUCCCCUGGUCUGUGGUGGACAGUGAUACAUUGAGCACAUCGUGCUCAGCUCCUGCCUGGCAGCUGAGGGAGCCUCAGCUGUGGAGAGCAGUCCCCUGGUCAGUGAGUGACCAUCGUGGGUUGGAGCUGCUGCUCCAAGGUGUGUCCCAGCAGGGAGGGCCAUCCUGACCCCACAGAGCUGAGCAACCCCCUGGCCAGGGGCUGCUCCUGCCUUCACUCCCUUCUCACCCUCCCACCCUGGGCCUGCUGAGCUCUCUGGAGGGGCAGCUCACACCCCACAUCCCACGGGAUCUGCACAGAGCCUUUCCCUGAGCAGCAGCUGCUGCACCUGGAUUUACCUGCACUGAUUUUUAGGGUAAAAGUGGCUGAAGAGACAAAUCUCCCAAACCCCAGGGCUGACUCCUGCUCUCAGUUCCCGUGGGAGAAGCUGAGUGUCCCCUGGUGUGGCUGAGCAGACUGAACAGAGCAGGCUACACCUCUGCCCAUAACAAAGCACAGAGCAACAAGUGUCCAGCAUGACACGGGUCCUGUGAGGCACAACAGCAGCUGGAUUACCUUUGACAUAUUCCCAAGGCUUUCCUGAUAGAAUUAAUUGAAAAGGAUUAGUAAAAACCUAUCUCUUUUUGCCCUUCCCACUUGUGGGAAUAGCCAGUGGGCUGUGGAAGCUGUUCCAGCUGCAGAGGGUGGCUCUGGCUGCACACAUAAAGCCUGUGUGCAUGGGUGACUAUCAGGCUGCUGGUAGUCAUGGUAGGACCAGCUUCCAGUCAGGCCCUGAUGGCCUUUUAAACCACAUCUCACAUCUUAAUCCUUCCCUGGAGUCAAAGCUGUAACUCAGUAAGAAGGAAUGCAACCUCAGGUUCAGGUGUGGGCCCAGACCUGAGCUCCUGGGGCUGGAGCUGCUCCCUCAGCUUCUGCUAAAGUGGAGACCUGGCUGAGCAGGAUUUAGAUGUCCAGCUUCUACCCAGGUGGGAUCCACAUGCCUCAGGUGAGAUGAGCAUCACAUCCCUCAGUAUAAGCCUGAGAAACUUCACUUGUUCUCUGCAGAUUUUGAACCCCCAAGGUUCCAUACACAAUCAAGAAGGGGAUGGUGGGGGUUAAGGAUGGGGAAGAUGUUUUCAGGGUGUAUCUGCUUCCCUCUUGCCCUUAGCUUCAAAGGAAGCAGGACUUUAUGCAGGCACCAUCUCUGCAAAGACUGUGGCUUUUGUCAGUGCCACUGCAGUCUCAUCUCCUCCACUCCUGCUCCACAUCCUACCUUCUCCCUUCCACUAAUACCAGUGCUCUUCCCAAAAUGCAGCAAUUACCUCUGUGACAGUUUUGCUUUUGGGACCAGCACAGUGAUGCUGACCUUAGUUAAUUUAGGCUGCUGUGGAACCAUGCCUCAAAGCAUUUAGCUUUCCUGCCAGAUCCCAACUGGGGAACUCUGUUUGGCAACAACCUAUCUGACAAAUGGUAUUUCAAAAAAUUUUAAAAAUCAGAAACUGGGAAAUUACUUCAACAGCAAGAGGGUUUGCUCUUGAUUUUGCAGAAAUGAUUUUUUAAAGAAGACAAGGUCAUAUGCAUAGCCUGCUGUCUUAUUUGUAAUAAGUUUUUCUAAGCUCUCAGACUAGGUAUUCAUGUACACAACUUUCACAUAAGGCAGCCUCUGAGUAGUGAGAAUUACUAGUUUUUGUAGUACCUGUUAAUGCUUAAAAUGAGAAAGUUGUAUUAUUCAGCAUCUCCUUCAAGUCCAGAAAACUUCUUUGCAGCCAUUACUGUUUUACAGAGCACUAAGCCUGAAUGCUUUCUCCUGACUGCAGGCACUGUGCACUGUCCCUCUCUGCCAGCACUGGCAUGGGUAGUGCCUCUUACUCACACAUUCCCUCUCAAAAGUGCCAUUAAGUGCUGGAGCCUCUGGCAACCUUUGUGGAAUAUCAUCAUCUUUAAGAGCAUUCACAGGUGCCUUCAUUGCAGAGACUUGCAGGAAAAGGGUUUUCCAGGGAUAUUCCAUGGUGGAAUUAAGUGCAUUGCAUGUUUUAGAACCAUAGCAGUGGCUGUUUCAUACCUGCUUUUCCAUGAUCAGUCAUCAGCAUCAGGUGCAAUGAAAACUUCAGUUCUGGUCUCAAGUGGACUCCUUCCUGCUGAAAGAGUAGCUUUUGUUAGUAUUAUCUGGCACAGGAAUAGAUAGAAACAACUUUCCCAGAGGCCUUAGAAUGAAAGUUGGAUGGUGAGUUGGAUGGUGAGGGCAGGAUGUCAUUUGCCUUGGUGUGGCAUUUGGCUGGAGCUCCACUCUGAGUUUACUUCUGCUUUACCCAGAAGAUCUUCCAGCGGUUUUACACCACUGUGCAAACACAAGGGAACUCUUAUCACACAGGGAAGGGAGAAGCACUCACAAAGGAAAAACCCUUAGCAGAGACUGUUGAAGAAAUGGGGGGCAUGUCCUUACCUUGGGCAGCAAUGCAGUGAGUGAAGUGCAGAGAGCGAGAUGUUGGGGACACUUGGUGACACAGCUGGCACUGGGGAAAAAAAAGAUAUUUUUGGGGUGGUGGUGGUGUUUUAGAAUCAAACACAAUAUUAAAAGCAAAUAAAGGUGCUGAUCAGUUGCAUAUAAGACCUGAAAUAGAUAAAAUAUAAACCAGAAAAAAACCAGCCCAAAAUGUGCUUAGAGGAAGGGAUCCAAGAGGGCUUUUUUUUUUGUGGUGCAGAUUGUUUUUGUAGUUUUAACCAUGUUUCAGAUUUGAAGCAGGCUCCUUUCAGUCUGCCAGAAGGAAUAAAAGAUCCAUCCAAAGGAGAAUUUGAAUGAUUUGUUUUGGCAUAGCUGAGCUACAGUGCUCAAACAGAUGAUAAUAAAGAAGAGAGUGAAAGUUAAAUGCUCACCAGAUAUACUUCGACAUGAAGCAUCUGAUAGAGGCAAACCUGUCAGGAUACCCUGAUAUGAAAUUGUCUCAGAGGAAAAUACCUCUUUAUUUCCCAUUCAUUUCAAACCUGGGUUUGGCACUGAGAAGUUGUCCUGGGUCACUGUGUCACCUCCCACCUGCAGUUCCAAAGGGAGCCACCUCCAAGUCACACCCUGGCACUUUGAAACCAAAAGCAAGUAUGCACAGCAAUGAGGAGCCUCACUUAAAUUCACUUACAUCGAUGAUUUAGUCUAACUGAAAAUGCUGGUGUAGCCAUGAACCCCUGGUAUUGUACACCUUGAACUGAGGAGGAACUAGAACAGGAGUCAAGAGGGUUUUGUGAGAGUAACCCACACACUGGAGUGUGUGCAGGACACUGGUGAGAUCCUUGGCUUUACACCAGGCAAGGUCUGCCCUUGUUGUUUGUAUGGAGAUGGACUCAGACAGUGAAGCAAUUUAAAGCCUAGAGUCAAAAAUUAUAUAUUAUUGUCUUCCGUGGAUUGAAUUUUAGUCACUGAAGGGAUCUGGCCAUACAUCUCUAACUGAAACCUGCAGGAGAUGUGUGGUUGAAGUCUCUUAGUGGAAAAUCACUUGCAAAUCUUCUAAUUCCAAAUUCCCAUGAUAUUCAGCAUCAGAUCUGGAUCAGCCAUCUACAGCUAUGGACUGCAAUGCCAUGUAUCCUUGGGUCUAGGACAUUUAACCUCCAAGGAAUUGUCUUUUAUAGAAAAAAAACACUGGUAUAUUUUUUCUCUAUUCUUUUUUAUAAAUAAAUACAUACUUUUGAU